CAUUCUCAUCAAAAACAAAUAGCAAAACAUCAAAUUAAGUCAUCAAAAAAUGGCAUCCAAAGCAAUAGUUUAUCUUGUCCUUUUGUUGGCUAUGGUUGUUUUCAUAUCAACAGAAGUUGCAGCUAGGGAUCUCGCUGAGACAUCCAACACAGUUGAUGCAUCGACGGAAGUUGAGGGGACAAAUGGAGCCGUCAAUGAUGCCAAAUACGGAGGCAACUAUGGCGGCGGCCGCGGCAGCAACUAUGGAGGCGGUGGACGAGGUGGAAGGUGCCGUUACGGUUGCUGUGGCCGGAGCUACUACAGAGGAGGUUGCAGGUGCUGUACAUUUGCUGGUCAGAAAGUGGAUGCCGAACCUCAAUCCAAGCCUUAAAAAAAAAUAAUUUGUUUGGAUCUCUGUGUGUUAUUUCAGUACAUGUGUGUUAUGUGUAAGUGUGUGUUGCAUGAGAAGUGUGAAUAAGGUGCACGAAUGAAUGAAUGAUAAUAUAUCAUAUAUGUAUAUUCAUUCCUGCACAAACACGUAUGGGUGCAUUAUAUAUACUUUUGCCCCAGUGGUGUCAAAUUAAAUAAAAACUCUUUGGUACGAAAAUUAGUGACUAAUUAAACAAAGAUAAGUCAUGCUUCACCACUCAAAA